CCCUGAUCAUGUUCUUCCUGCUCCAGAAGAAAUCUACGUGUAUAGUCCUUUGGGAACCGCUUGCAAAAUUGAUGGCUCUACUGAUGGUUCUGGCAAAAAUUCCAGUAUAGUAACAAUAUUCAUGAUCUGGAAUACAAUGAUGGGUACAUCAAUAUUAAGUAUUCCCUGGGGAAUAAAACAGGCUGGAUUUACUACUGGAAUCUGUAUUAUUCCGCUGAUGGGCAUAUUGACUCUUUAUUGUUGCUACAGAGUUUUGAAGUCUAGGUCAAUGAUACCUUCAGUAGAUACCUCAACUUGGGAAUUCCCAGAUGUUUGUAAAUAUUACUUUGGAUCUUUCGGUCAGUGGUCUAGCCUUUUAUUUUCAUUGGUGUCACUUAUUGGAGCCAUGGUGGUUUACUGGGUGCUAAUGACUAAUUUCCUUUUCAACACUGGAAAGUGUAUUUAUAAUUAUAUUAAUGAUAUUAAUGUAACAGACAUUGUUCCUGGUACAAAUGGAAGCAAUAGAGUAAUAUGUCCUAGCGAUGGUAGCCAUGAAGUACCAGGAAAUGAAACUUUUGAAUUUACUUCUACCAGUGCUGCUGGAUUUGAGGAAUUUGAAAAGUGGUGGGACAAAUCCAAAACAGUUCCAUUUUAUUUAACCAUCAUUCUUCUACUGUUGAAUUUUAAGUCUCCAUCUUUCUUUGCCAAGUUUAACAUAUUAGGUACUGUCUCUGUCAUUUAUUUAGUUAUUCUUGUUACUAUGAAAGCUGCUCUUCUAGGAUUCCAUUUAGAAUUUGAUUGGACUGCAACAAAUACAUAUUUUGUGCCAGAAUUCAGGAUCUUUUUUCCUCAGCUUACAGGUGUGCUGACCCUGGCUUUCUUUAUCCAUAAUUGUGUAAUUACGCUACUUAAGAAUAACAGGAACCAAGAAAAUAACGUCAGAGAUCUUUCAAUUGCCUACUUUUUAGUCGGUUUAACGUAUCUCUAUGUUGGGGUGCUAAUCUUUGGCUCUUUUCCAUCUCCACCAUUGAGCAAGGAGUGUAUAGAACAGAAUUUUUUAGAUAAUUUCCCCAGUAAUGACAUCAUGUCAUUUCUUGCAAGAAUAUUCCUGCUGUUCCAGAUGGUGACUGUGUACCCACUGCUUGGCUAUUUGGCACGAGUUCAGUUUUUAGGACAUGUCUUUGGAAAUGUUUAUCCAAGUUUCUUCCAUGUGCUGGUUUCGAACAUUAUCAUUGUAGGAACUGGAGUUGCGGUGGCCAGAUUCUAUCCAAAUAUAGGGGGAAUCAUAAGAUAUUCUGGAGCAACCUGUGGUCUCGCCUUUGUAUUUGUAUACCCAUCCAUCAUCUAUAUUAUCUCCUUGCAUCGGGAGAAUCAGUUGACAUGGUUUGCACUACUCAGCCAUUUUUUGAUAAUUCUUCUAGGAAUGGCAAAUCUGAUGGCACAAUUUUUAAUUUGAAAAUCAAUCUUAAAUCAGAGUUCUUUCUUUGCAAGAGGUGCAGGAGUACCAAAAAGUUACCUUGAACAGUAUUAUAAAAAUUGUAUCCUGCAGUAUUAUAGAAGUUAUACAGCAGUAGAUCUGUAGACUGCCAUCUUUCAAUCUUAGCUUGUUCCAGAGAAAACAGCCUUUUAAAAAACCAACAAGCAAACUUUUAAAAAAUGGAGGCUGCAUCUUGGAACACGAAGCACCAAAGCAAAUGAAAGGAACUGAGUGAAUUUAUGCUCAACUUCAAGUAGAAAUGGAAAUUAUUUGGGAAUUAUUAAGUUCUUUUUAUAAAUUAAAAUUUCUUUUUUCUAUGUGGAAAAAAAUUGCCUUAUUUGGCAAAUAAACAAGGGAUUUUAUUGAUCUAGAAAACUAUAUAUUUCUACUAAGAAAAGUGUUUUGAAUUCUUUUACUGUUAAAAUGCAGUGCAUGUUAAAUCAUGAAAUACUGUUAACAUUAAACUAUAUCUUUUGUGA